AUGGCCAGCACGCUCUCCCCCGUGCAUGGCAAAGUGGUGCUGGUGCUGGGGGCGAGCGGCAUUGUCGGGGGUGGGGCAGCCCUGGGCCUUGUGCAGCUCGGGGCAAACGUGAUAGCACCUUUUCGAUCUGGCGAAAGCAAAGAGGCAUUCUCAAAGGAAUUCGGACAUUAUCCGAGUUCACAGCAGUGGGACGCGCCGGUCGUAGACUACAGCACAGAGCAGGGCCUGCAGGACCUGGCUGAGUACAUUCGCAGCGAGAGGGGCGGGGUGGUGGACCAUAUCUUCGCAUGCAUGGGAGGCAGUGUCGCGAAAGGUCCCCUGUCGGUCCUGCCAGCUCCAGAGCUGGAAUCGGCACUCUCGCACCGUGUCUUCAGCCAGGUAUUGGCAGCCAAGUACCUGUUACCUCUAGUGCGACCCACACCCGACAGCUGCUACCUCGUCACCACAGGAAGGCUCGGUGUAAACGAGUUGCCCAUCAAGACCAGGGCCUCCCCCUACCCGAGCGAGGACCGCUACGAGGAGAGCACCACCACCCGCUACGACGGCGAGAACGACGGCGGUCGCUACGAGGGUGGCACCCGCUACGGUGAGGGCGCCAGGGCCCCCACCUCCGAGGGCCGGUACGGCUCCAGCGCCACCACCCGCUAUGACGGCGAGAACGACGGCGGUCGCUACGAGGGCGGCACCCGCUACGGCGAGGGCUCCAAGGCCCCCACCUCAGAGAGCCGGUACGGGAGUCCCUCCACCACCCGCUACGAGAGCGAGGAGGAGGGCGGCCGGUACGAGGGCGGCGCGCGGUACGAGGAUGACGACGAGCGUUACGAUGGCCAGAACAACAGCGGGCGGUACGAGGGCGGCGCCUACGGCGGCCGCAACUCCACCAGCAACGUGGUCCGGUGGACGCGCGGGACCAAUUACACGCCGCUCGACGUCACUGUCGGCGACACCAUCACCUUCCAGUGGUCCGGGGGCUCCCCCCACGACGUCGCGACCUCUCCCGGCCCCGGCGUCUGCACUGACCUGAUGCCCCUGGUGGAGGCCGCCGAGUCCGGCUCCUACCCCAUCACGUUCGAGAGGCCGGGCACCUUCACCUACGCCUGCUCCGUGGGCGAGCACUGCCUGGAGGGCCAGAUCGUCACCGUAAACGUUGUCGCCAUCUCCUAG